AUGCUGCCUUUUCUGAUAUUUUGCUUCCAUUUCAUCUUUUUCUGCUUCUUCUCAACCUCUGUUUCAGCCGCCACUCCCGCUGCGAGACUUCAUACAGAUGAAGUGAAUGUGUUGAAGGAGAUUGGGAGAGGAUUGGGGAAGAAAGACUGGGAUUUCAGCAUUGAUCCUUGCAGUGGUAAAGGGAGUUGGAGCAAACCACCAUUAACCAAAGGAAUUGAGAGUUCUGUCACUUGUGAUUGCUCUUUUGAUGCCAAUUCCACUUGCCAUAUCACUUCCAUUGCUUUGAAAGGCCAAAAUCUUUCGGGAGUUGUCCCUCCAGGUUUCGCCAAGCUGCGUUACUUGGCGCACUUGGAUCUCAGUCGGAAUUAUUUAACCGGUUCUAUUCCACCUCAAUGGGCGUCGAUGAACUUGAUCGAACUUUCUUUUAUGGGGAACCUGUUGAGUGGCCCAUUUCCAACUGUGAUGACGCGAAUUACCACACUUGUUAAUCUGAGCAUUGAAGGCAACCAGUUUUCUGGACCAAUUCCGCCACAGAUUGCAAACUUGGUUAAUCUGCAAAAGAUGACUCUAUCAUCAAAUCAAUUCUCUGGGGAAGUGCCAGUGGCUCUUUCUAAGCUGACUAACCUAACCGAUUUACGGAUAAGUGACAAUAACUUCACUGGAAGAAUCCCUGACUUCAUCAGCAGCUUGAAGAACCUUGAAAAACUACACAUACAAGGAUGCUCUCUUUCGGGUCCUAUUCCUUCCAGUAUUUCUUCCUUGACCAGCUUAAGCGAUCUGAGGAUCAGUGAUUUAAAAGGCCAAGGAUUUGGGUUUCCACCAGUAAGCAAUAUGGAAUCUAUGAAGAUACUGAUACUGAGGAAGUGCUCCAUUUCUGGAGAGAUUCCUGCGUACAUAGGGACUAUGCGAAAAUUGAAAACUUUGGACUUAAGUUUCAAUAACUUGACUGGAGAAAUUCCAGUAACAUUUGUCCAACUUGAGAAAGUAGAUUUCAUGUACCUUACUGGAAAUAAACUGACAGGAACAAUUCCAAAUUGGAUUUUGUCCAGAAACAAUAAUGUUGAUGUUUCAAAUAACAAUUUCACAUGGGGAAGCUCAUCACCAUCUGAAUGCCUGCAAGGAAGUGUAAACUUGGCGGAGAGUUUUUCAGCAAAUGAGAAAUUUGGAGCUGGAGUGCAACCAUGCCUGAAACAAAAUAUUCCUUGCUCUCAGGCAACUAAACUGCAAAGAUACUCUCUGCACAUUAACUGUGGUGGUAAAGGGCUCGUGACCGAGAAUAAUACCAGGUUUGAAGCUGACUUGGAAGCCAGGGGAGCUUCAAUGUAUUAUAUGGGACAGAACUGGGCAUUUAGCAGCACUGGGAACUUUCUAGACAAUGAUGUUGAUUCUGAUGUAUACAUUCAUACCAAUGCUACUCCGAUACAUAAUGUCACUUCAUCGGAGUCAGAAUUAUAUACAACUGCACGUGCAUCGCCCCUAUCGCUCACUUAUUAUGGGACUUGUCUAAUGGAUGGAAGCUAUACCGUCAAGCUCCACUUUGCUGAGAUUGUUUUCACUAAUGAUGGAUCAUUCAACAGCCUUGGCAGGCGUAUUUUUGAUGUUUAUUUGCAGGAAAAAUUGGUCUUGAAAGACUUCAAUAUCGCAAAGGAGGCAGGUGGAACUGGUAAGCCAAUUGUGAAGAAUUUCAAUGUAACUGUGACGAAUCACACACUGAAGAUCCAUUUUUACUGGGAUGGAAGAGGGACCACAGGAAUCCCAGUUAGAGGAGUGUAUGGUCCUCUUAUAUCAGGCAUAUCAGUGGAUCCGAAUUUCGAGCCGCCUUCAUUUGAUGAUAACAAGUUUCCAACAACUGAAGUGCUGGCGAUUGUGGCUGGAGCCCUAUUUGUUGUCCUUCUGAUACUUGGCAUAUUGUAUAGGAAGGGCUACUUAGGGAACAAAGUAGCUGCAGAUAAAGACUUACGAGGGCUAGAUCUUCAAACUGGGUUGUUCACAUUAAGACAGAUCAAAGCUGCAACCAAGAAUUUUGAUCCAGCUAACAAGUUAGGGGAGGGAGGAUUUGGUUCAGUUUACAAGGGUGAACUGUCUGAUGGAACCAUAAUUGCUGUAAAGCAGCUUUCCUCCAAGUCCAAACAAGGAAAUCGUGAAUUCGUCAAUGAAGUAGGAAUGAUAUCUGCAUUGCAACAUCCAAAUCUUGUUAAGCUUUACGGUUGCUGCAUUGAAGGAAAUCAACUGAUGCUAAUCUAUGAGUACAUGGAAAAUAAUUGUCUUUCGGGCGCUCUUUUUGGAAAAAACUCAACUUUGAAGAUGAAAUUAGACUGGCCUACAAGAAGAAGAAUUUGCCUAGAUGUGGCCCGGGGUUUGGCGUACCUUCAUGAAGAGUCAAGACUCAAAAUUGUCCACAGAGACAUCAAGACGAGUAACAUUUUGCUCAAUAAGGACCUUAGUGCUAAAAUCUCCGAUUUCGGUCUGGCAAAGCUCAGUGAGGAUGAUCAUACUCACAUUAGCACUCGCGUAGCUGGAACAAUAGGUUACAUGGCUCCCGAGUAUGCAAUGCGUGGUUAUUUGACACCUAAAGCCGACGUUUACAGCUAUGGAGUCGUCGCUCUGGAAGUUGUCAGUGGAAAGAGCAACACAAAUUACAGGCCACAAGAAGAAUGCUUUUACCUUCUUGACUGGGCCUAUGUUUUACAAGAGAGAAGUAAGCUGCUGGAAUUAGUUGAUCCAGACUUGGGGUCUGAAUAUGCAACAGAAGAGGCAACCACCAUACUGAAUGUGGCCCUUUUAUGUACCAAUGCAGCCCCAACUCUGAGACCUAUAAUGUCCCAAGUUGUGAGCAUGCUUGAAGGCCAAACAGAUAUUCAAGACAUUCUUUCUGAACCAGGCUUGUCAAUGGCUGCUUCAAAACUUGGUAGUAGUACCAUAAGAAGCCAUUUCUGGCAGCAUAGUCCGUCUCGGAGCCAAACUCGCAGCAUGUCAACUAGUUAUCCAUACUCCAAUUCAUCAGCAUCAAAUCCAGAUGCGCAGCAGGAGAAAUCCCUUCAAAGAAUCGAUUCAGAUCCCUCCGAUGAAUUGAAAAUAGUUUAG